AACUAGUCUCAUUUCCCCUGACAAUAUAUAAAGAUUGUACUGUAGUUAUCCCCAUCAGAAGCACAAACAGAACACUCAACAUGAUGCUCUUACUCAGCCUCCUUGUUGUUUCAACACUACCUCAAUUGGCUGAGCUACAAGUCCUCCCCACCAGUGCUCCGCAGACAGCUGUGGCUGAACUAGUCAAGGGGUUACCCUGGAUCUUCUCAGGGGAGAGCGUGCAUCUGAAGUGCAGUGUUCCUGGGAAUGUGUCGGCCGAGUGGAGGUACCGGUGGUUCAGGGGGGGCGAGGAGCUCCAGGAGUCUGAAUACUUUGUCCUCUGGAAGGCCAGGCCACAGCAGAGUGGGAAGUACUACUGCCAGGGCCUAAGAACCACAUGGAUAAACACACAACACACCCUCCACAGCCUGCCUAUAGAAAUAGAGGUGGACGGUGGGUGGGCCAUCCUGCAGGCCCCGCCCCUGCCCAUGCUGGUUGGAGAGACAAUGACCCUGACGUGUCGUGUCCGUAACAACCCCAAACUGACAGAGGUCAUACUCUACAAAGACGGGGUGGAGCUUCAGAUACAGCGUGGCCCAGAGCUGCGUGUCACCAACCUUACCCUGCAACACCACGGAUCCUAUUGGUGCAGAGCAUCCUGGGAUGGACGGAGGGAAACCAACUCUGUAAUCUCAAUGGCUGCUCCAGUGUCCAUCAUAGAGGUUCUGACAGAGCCCAUGUUGGAGAUUGUGCCCAAUGACCCUCUGAUCCAUAAAGACUGUAUGCUCCUGGUGUGUCACGUUCAACUGAAUGCCCGUCAGCCGGUUCCACACAUCCACUACUACUUCUACCAGGACGGGCUGAGUCUCGGGCCUGCCUCUUCCCAGGACAAAGUCACAGUACUGAGGGACUCAGGCCAGUACUGGUGCAAAGCCAGCGUUCCUACUCUGGGCCUGAAGAGGCUCAGCGAGCCCUUAGGUUAUGGGCGAGUGACAGGGAAACAUCAGGGACCAGUUGUCUCUCUCCAGCCCAGAGCUCCAACUCCCCAGACCACCACCUCUAUCUAGCCUUCUCAGCCCCCUACCUUCCCCGAUGCAGCCAGUGAUUCUCCAAACACUGUCCUGUGAUGUUGUUUUUUCAGAUGAUGGGACAAUGGUGUGGAGGGACUUCUUUUGAACAAUACCAGAUCAAUGUACAUUAUCACUAUCAGUUUCAUAAUUAGACCCCUUUGAACCAAUUUAGUUGCAUCUCCAGUUUACCCAUUCAUUUGCCUCCAGAAUGUACUUGUGUUUUAUAACAUUCCUUAUCUAAAUGAAUGAAUUAAUUACUCAUUAAUAUAAUGUUAUUUGUCUUUUAAGUUGUGAAUGAAACAAUGAAUUGUAUUUGCACUGUUGAUUGUAAACUCAAUCCAAAUAAAUCCAGUCAAAGUCAAA